AAUGGCCUCCAAGAUAGAUUCCAUGGAGGAAGAAGAUGGAGAACAAUUAUUUCUUGCCUGCAGGGAAGGAAAUCUCAAAAAAGUUUCAAAGAUUUUAAAGGAAGGUGGAGUAGAUCCAAAUGCAAAAAAUAUUAUAGGACACACCGCCCUGCAUGUUGCUUGUCACAAGGGCUACAAGGAUAUUGUUGAGGAACUAUUGAGGAACAAGGCGGAUAUAGAACUGCAAACACUAGAUGGAUUUACUCCACUUCAUAUAGCUAGCCGCUAUGGCAAAUUGGAAGUAAUUAAGGUUCUUGUUGAACACAACGCGAAAAUUAACUGCCAAUCAAAUGAGGGAUUUACUCCAAUCUAUUUAGCCGCGGAGGAGAAUUUUCCGGACAUGAUCACAUACCUGCUUUCGAAAGGAGCUAAACCUCAACUAACAACUAAGAAUGGAUUUAGACCUUUAGAUGUAGCUGUAACACAAAAGAAUAUUGAAGCAACUAACACUCUUUUAACUUGGGACAAGAUGAGCAAGAAAUCCCGACAUACGGCAUUGCAUUCAGCAUCAAGGAAGAACGAUAGGCCAGCGGCCGCUCUUCUUAUUGAAACCGGGCGAUGUUCGAUUAACGAUAAAACACCAAAUGGCUUUACAGCCUUACACAUUGCUUGCCAAUAUAAUAGUACGGAUAUCCUAGAAUAUCUUAUUGAGAAUGGUGCAAAUAUUAAUAUUGAAGCAAAGAACAAAGUUACUCCACUACAUGUUGCAAGCAAAUGUAACAAACUAGAAUCAGUUAUCAUAUUGUUAGAUAAUGGAGCUAAUAUGGAAGUUAUCACAACGGAUAAGCUCACACCUCUUCAUUGCGCUUCAAGAUCAGGACAAGUUGCGAUUGUUGAAAAGCUGUUAGAAAGAGGGGCAGAGGUCAAUGCAAAAUCCAAGAGUAAAUUGACUCCACUUCAUAUGGCAUCUCAAGGAAAUCACUAUGAUUGUGCAAGGUUAUUGAUUUACCACAAAGCUCCAGUUGAAGAUGUUGCAAUUGAUUAUUUAACCGCACUUCAUGUUGCGUCGCAUUGCGGAAGUUAUGAAACAGCAAAGCUUCUCCUUAGCUGCAAUUGUAAAGUAGAUCCAAGAGCUCGGAAUGGCUUUACACCGCUACAUAUUGCCUGUAAAAAGGAAAGAAUUCGCAUUAUAGAACUUCUUCUGAGUUAUGGUGCGGUAAUUAACGCAACGGCUGAGAGUGGACUAACUGCCCUUCAUGUGGCGGCUUGGUAUGGUUUUAACGAAAUAGUUAAGAAAUUAAUAGACAAAGGCGCUGAUCCUAAUGCUAAAACCAGAAUUGGUCAGACUCCUUUACAUACAGCAGUUAUUGGAGGUAAAUUGCAGACCGUUAAACUACUUAUUAAAUUGGGUUCCCAAAUUAAUGCAAAGGCAAACCAGGGCGAAACGCCUCUUCACUUGUCUGCUGAUUUAGGGGAUUGGAAGGCCGCAGAGUGUCUUUUAAAGGGUGGAGCAGCAGUUGACGAAAAAAUGGAUAAUGAAUUUACACCAUUGCACGUUGCUAUAAGACGCGGCCAAGUAGAUACGAUAAAAAUCUUAUUGAAAUAUCAUAGCAACCCUGAGUUAAAGACUAGCACAAAACUGACGGCCUUGCACUUAGCUGCCAAAAUGGGCAAUCCAAGAGUUAUAGAAUUGCUCUUGAAGAAAGGGGCAGACCCAAAUUCUAGAGGCGUAAACGAGCUUACACCCCUUCACGUCGCAUGCCACUAUAGAAAAGCAAAAGCUAUCCAAUUAUUACUGGAUAAAGAUGCAAAAGUUAAUCUGAAAGCGAAAAAUGGUAUGCAGGCGUUGCACAUUGCAGCCAAAAGGGGUUAUCCUUCCAUAGUUAAUCAACUUUUAAAGAGAAAAGCUGAUCCUAAUGCUUCUACAAGAACUGAAUACAGGCCUUUACAUUAUUCAUCCGUAGAAGGCAAUACCAAUGUAACGAAACUAUUAAUUAAAAGUGGUGCUGACCCAAAUUGUAGAAGUAGAAAUGGUCUAACGCCUCUUCAUCUUUGUGCCGAAAAAGAUGAAACUGAAUCUGGCGAAUUACUGAUUAAUUCAGGAUCAAAAUUAGAAGAAAAGUCUAAUGCUGGUUUUACGCCUUUGCAUACUGCGUGCUAUUAUGGAAGUAUUGGCAUGAUCAAACUAUUAUUAAAGCAUGGGUCAAAUUUUGAAGCGUCAACAGAAUUGGAUUAUUCUCCACUUCAUCUUGCAGCUCAACAAGGAAACGCCCUAACUAUAAACAUAUUAUUGCAAAAAGGGGCUGAUGCAAACCGUAUUAACAAGGAUGGACAGACAGCCUUGUCAAUUGCCAGGAAAUGUUCAUAUGUUAGUAUAGCAGAAGGGCUCAAGGAUAAAACGGAUGUAGUGGUCAAAGAGUCUAACGUUUCUUACACUCCUCAUAUGCCUGAUACAAUGGAAGAGGACACUCACUCGGAAAUAGAUUCGGAAGAUGAAAGCACAUUUAUUACAACAAAUAAUCAACAAUUGGAAACCUUCAUGACUUACACGGAAGAACAGAUAACAGCUGACGUUUGUACAAUGGAGAAUGCAGCAAUAUUUGAAAACGGUUUGGAAUCAGAGAGAACCAUUUCGGAAUUCCUCAUAUCUUUUAUAGCUGAUGCUAAUGGGGCAAUAAUGGUCUGUAAGCGAUAUUCCGGACUGAGGAUAAUUGUCCAACCUAAUGUCAUUUCCAAUCCGACGAAAUUUAUUUUAAAAUUCGUGAAAAAAGAUCAACUAUCGUCGCCACCUCCCCUUCUUCAAAAUGAAGGAUUAGCGUGUAGGAUUUUAGAAUUAUCCCCCAAUGCCUUGGAUUUCGAUGGAGAAAUAAUAAUUGAGGUUCCUCAUUUCGCUUCAUUAGAAGAUGGGCAAAGGGAAAUUGCAGUAUUAAGAAGCGAUAAUGGGGUUGAUUGGAUUGAACAUAAAAACAUUAGCGAGGAGCGUAGACCUAAAAAUAUUGAUGAAAUAUUUAAGGGUUUUAGAGAGGCUGAAAGCGUUUAUAACAGAAACGUCGUCCGAAUUAAAACGAAUAGCUUACCAAAAUAUUUCGCUUUAGUAUCAUUAUUAAGGCAACGCACUAAACUCUUGGGACAAGAGGGCGGAAUUCUAGUUGCUCACGCCGAAUCUAACGUCCAAAUUAAUUUCCCAAAAGGAGCUGUCACAAAAACAAUUCAAGCAGGUAUACAAGCUCAAAUUAUUAAAAGAGCUCUUCUGGAUCAAUGCCUGAAACCUGGAGUUAUAUCUAGUCCUAUUGUCAGCCUUGAACCCAGUAAACGAAAGUUUCAUAGAGAAAUAACAAUUUCUUUACCUCUUGGUACAACGAAGCUAGAUUCUAAGCAACUAGAAUCCGUAAGAUUAUUUUGCAGUCUUGAUGAAAGGAAUGUCAAAUGGGAAGAUAUUACGGGGACGACGGAAAUAACUUAUUCUAAAAAUUGCGCUCACUUUAAGACAAUUUAUCCUGGAAAAUUUUGGAUAUUAAUCGAUAAUGGAUUUAAUCAUGAUCUUAUUAAUCGAUUAUAUAAUAGAAUAAGUUCCAUUCCUUAUUUAGUAAAUUUCGUUUGUUUUUCGAAACGUUUUAGCAAAUAUAGGGGACAGUUACGUCUAUUUUGCAUCAGUGAUGAUAAACUUGAUAAGACCCUAGAAGGGCAAGAGAAUUUUGAAAAAAUUGUCACUUCGAAAUUAAUUGAAGUGGGUGAAGGCUGGGAAAUUGGUGUCGAAGUUAGUGAGAACUUUGAAAUAGUAUCUAAAUCCAAGGAAGGCAUCGCUAUGGCAUUUAGACCUUUCGUUGAAAAUAGAUUGUCUAUUAAUUUGCGAAUAAGAGAUUAUCGAAAGAAAGACGAAGGUUUUAUCAAUCUUGUUAAGAAAUCUAAUAAGAAAUCAUCUAUCAAAGAGAUAAUAUGCACCCUGCCUAUCCAUUUUCCAUUAUCCAAUGAAUUCAGUGAUUCUGAUAGUGAUAAUAAUAUUGAAAAGGAAAUCGACGAAGAGAAUAAUGUUAUUGAUAAUCUCGAUGAAUCUAUCAAUAACAUAGGAAUUGAAGAUGUUCAACAGGCACUAACCGGAACUACAGAACCAAAUAUAAAAUCUUCAAAUAAAUUAAAUCUCGAUGAACUUGACUUAAAAUUAACGGAUAUUGCAGGAUCUUUGGGAGACGAUUGGGAAAAGUUAGCCUAUCGUUUAAAUUCCGAUAAUGCAGAAAUAAAAAACAUUCAAGCUUCAUACGAUUAUCACGGAGAAAAGGCACUGGUUUACUUUCACUAUUUAUUGAGCGUCGAUCCACCUGUAACAGGCAAAGAGUUUGUAAAGGCGCUUAAGAAAAUCGGUCGAGAAGACGUUAUUAUCGAUUAUAUCACCGAUUUAGAGUUAAAAAGUUUGGCCUAUGAGGAAAAUGAAAAGGAAGAAGAAGAAGAAGAAAAAGAGGAAAAAGAAAAAGAUACACCAAUAAAUGAUCUUAACAACAGAAAUGAUGAACUUGAAGAAGAGGAGUUCUUUCCUGAAAUUAAUAAUGUUAAACCUCCUAUUAAAAUUGAAAAUGACGACAAUUUGCCUAAAAUGUCAUACGUAGACGCCUUAAAUUUCAUUGCUGAUCAGUUAGGUGAUUGUGAAAUUAAAAGCUUAUUAUAUCCUGAAUUUGAUCAAGAACAUGAAACUCUUGAAGAAAACUUUAAAGAGCAAUUUUCCGAGCCAAAAGAAGCAAUAAUCAAUAAUUUACAGCUUCCCGAUAACACUCUUGCUGAAAAAGACCCAUUUGAAGAGGAGAAAAUUGACAUAAACGAUUUGAAAUUAACAAAGAUAGCGGAUAAACUUGGCUCUGAUUGGCAGAAAUUGGCUACUCACUUCGAUUUAACUAAGGAGGAUAUUGACGAAAUAAAAACUUAUGAUAGUGAAGUUGAAUCAGCUAUGAUAUGUAUUCAGACGAUAGCCGAAAAAAUUGGCUUGUCUGAAGGAAAACAAAUAGAAAAAGCCCUAUCGGUAAUUGGAAGAGAAGAUAUCAUCAGGAAGUAUGUAAGGACAAAGAGCGGAAAUUUUCAGAAAGAUUAUUAUGGAGAGUUUGAAGAUGAUAGCGAUGAUUCGGAUAGUAUUGAUUAUCGUAGAACAUUGUCUGUAAUAACAGAAAUGACCGAGCCAAAUAAUUCUUUUGACAAUGAAGAGUUUGGACUUGAUAAUGAAAUUUUAGAAAACAAGGGCGGAAUCCUUGAAUCUGUAAAAUUCAAUAAAAGUACACUUAAGAUGCAAGAGAAUACGGAAGAAAGUAACGGGGAAAACUGUUCAGUUAAUCAAGAAGAUGAUUUGUCGACAUCUCAUGAUUAUUCGCAGCCAAGUGAAUCAGAAAUUAAAGAUGUUGAUGAAAAGAUACAUGAGAAUAAAAACGACAAAGACCGAACUCUAACUAGAACCACAUUUUCUUAUGAAGAUGAUACCGAAAAGGCCAAUUCAAUAAAUAAUCCGUAUUAUGAUAGCAAUGAAGAGAUUGAUUCUAACGAUUCCGAAGAGGAUAACAAUUUGGAUAUUAGCAGUAAUGAGACACAUUGUAAAAUCCCAAUUUCAAGGGAGCUAUCGAUUGAGAAUUAUGAAAAACCACUUAUUGAUCAAGAACAAGAGAGUUCUAAUGAUCAUUCAGAGAAUGCUAUAGUACAACUGGAAAAAGAAAACAUCGAAACAGAGGAUAAUUUCUGUAAUAAUAUCAAAUCAAAGAACGGAUCAAUUGAUAGCUAUGAGGUGUUAAGCAAUAAAGACGAAAGGGAAAUUGAAAAUUCUCGUAAUAGUGCAGAAGACAAGAGAAAUAUUUCAAUCGAAUUAGACGAUCAAUUACAGUCGUCGAAUGAAAUAGACAACUCUAAUAUGAAUAAAAAUGAAUUACCCCUAUCAGAUCCGGGAGAUUUGCUAUCCGAAUUAAAAGAGUCCAGUAAUAAUAGUAUAACUUCUGAAGAAUUAGCACCACAUUAUGAAAACAAUCACCAACUUUCGGGAACAGAAACUAAAGAUAACAAUUUUAACGAGUCAAGGGAAUUAAUUACAGAUGUUUUAGACAACGAUCACAACAAUGAAGAGAAAUUAGAUGAAAAUACUUGUGAGAAAGACCAAUUAGGUGACUCUUAUAAACUUACAGAAUCCCCAAGUGUUACAGAGGAUCUUUCAAAAUCCGAUCGUGAAAACGAAAAGGAAAAUAUCCCUAAUCUCGAAGAGCCAAAAGAGUCUUUGCAAUCACCGCUAAUAACUACUUUCGAAGAUUACUCUGAUAACAAUAAAAUUCGACUUGCAGAAGAACUUUCGGAAAAAGGUAUAGAUAAAAGCAAAGAAGCUUUAAGAAAAGAUGAAAUAGUUGAGGAGGAGGAAGAAAGAGAUGAAAAAAUUUCACAUCUUUCACAAGAAGAUCAUAAUAUUGAUCCGCAAAGAGAAGACCACGCGAACAAAGAUAAUAUAGAAGAGGAAUAUGCACUAAAACAACCGAAUACAAUAGAAACUUGUCAAGAGGACACUAACCUAGAGACUCAACAUCAAAUGACUGUAGAAGAAGAACUUCAACAAUCGAAUUUUGACGACAUAGACGAAAGGUCUAAUGUAAUAAGUGAAGAAUUAGAAAAGGAUGAAGAAGCUGAAAAAGAACAAGAAAUAACUGAGAAAAAAUUCGGCGAUACAAAUACAGAAUUAGUAUUGGUAAAAGAAAGAGAUGAAGAAGAAAAAGACAUACAAGAAAAAGAGGUAGAAUAUGAAGGGAAAAUGUUUUUAGACACAAAAGUUUAUACUGAAGAGAAGCCAGAGAAUGAAAUUAAUAAAGAUUUACCAUCGGAAUAUAAUAGUUCCAUAGAAGAAGAUAAUUUUCUUGAUAAAUUAGAUGAAAAUAUUGAGGAAACUCAAAACUCAAGUAAUGAUAUAAACAAUAAGCUUAUGUCUUGUGAUAAAUUGUGAAUGCGCUGCUUAUCUUUUUGCAUGUUUUAUUAACUUUUAUGGCACUGAUGAUGAAUACGAAAAGCAACCUCAUAAAAAGGAAUGGAUUACUCGCUAUUAAAUGAUACGAUAACUGAUAAGAUCAAUUACUGAAUGUGUAAGCUAGUUUUAGCAUGAUUAGUAAUAUCAAACUUAAAUAAUUACUGGCUUAAUUGUCUUCGUUUUAAAAAAUUUUACGGUUGUUUCCAGGAAAUCCUUUAGACUAGGUCUGGAGAGCAAGCAGUAAUUAGUAUUUGGAUGCCUUAUAAAAAGAACGCUUAUCUUGUAAUGAAUAUAUAAAGUAUAUAUAAUUUGUUAUCGCUCAGUUUGGCAUCCAUUUGAAAGGUUUAAAAGUCUGAAAAACAAAUA